UUCGCCUGCGCCGGCCAGUCCCUCGCCGCGUGGCCCGCUGGCCGGAUCUGGCUGACCAGCUUGCCCUCCGGUCUGACCCGAGGCUCCCGAGCCGCCUUGGGGACUCGCCCACAGGACCCUGCUAGGGCCGGCUGCGCCUGUAAAGACUCCGUGGUUGAUGUCACCGGGCGGAGGGCUGCGAUGGAGGGGGAUGCCUCAGACUCUCAGGUGACUAUUAAGAAUAUCGAAAAGGAGCUUAUUUGCCCAGCGUGCAAGGAGCUGUUUACCCACCCGCUGAUCCUUCCCUGCCAGCACAGCGUCUGUCAUAAGUGUGUGAAAGAACUUUUACUGUCUCUUGAUGACUCGUUCAAUGAUGUGGCGUCAGACAGCUCGAAUCAGAGCAGCCCUCGGCUCCGGCUCACUUCCCCUAGCAUGGAUAAAAUUGACAAGAUUAACAGACCAGCACCACAGCGGAGAUCUUUGGGGUGGCGAGGCUGGAAGCGUAAUUCUCUGACCCCGAGACCAACCACGUUCCCUUGUCCUGGCUGUGAGCAUGAUGUGGAUCUUGGAGAGCGAGGAGUCAGUGGUCUGUUUCGAAAUUUCACCCUGGAAACGAUUGUCGAGAGAUACCGGCAGGCCGCUAGGGCAGCCACAGCCAUUAUGUGUGACCUUUGUAAACCACCACCUCAGGAAUCUACAAAGAGCUGCAUGGAUUGUAGUGCAAGCUACUGCAACGAAUGCUUCAAAAUUUAUCAUCCCUGGGGCACUGUAAAAGCCCAGCAUGAGUACGUGGGCCCCACCACUAAUUUUAGACCCAAGGUUCUGAUGUGCCCAGAGCAUGAGACAGAGAGGAUAAACAUGUACUGUGAACUAUGCAGAAGGCCGGUCUGCCACCUCUGUAAGUUGGGUGGGAACCAUUCCAAUCACCGGGUAACGACCAUGAGCAGUGCCUACAAAACCUUAAAGGAGAAACUUUCAAAAGAUAUUGAUUUUCUUAUUGGCAAGGAAAGCCAGGUGAAGAGUCAAAUUUCCGAACUAAACUUGCUAAUGAAAGAAACAGAGUGCAACGGAGAGAGGGCGAAGGAAGAAGCGCUGGUGCAUUUUGAAAAGCUCUUUGAAAUCCUGGAAGACAGGAAAUCGUCUGUUUUGAAAGCCAUAGACGCCUCUAAGAAACUAAGACUAGACAAAUUUCACACUCAAAUGGAAGAGUACCAAGGCCUUCUAGAGAAUAACGGGCUUGUGGGAUAUGCUCAGGAAGUGCUGAAGGAGACGGAUCAGUCUUGCUUUGUGCAGACAGCGAAGCAGCUCCAUCUCAGAAUACAGAAAGCUACGGAGUCCCUGAAGAGCUUUAGACCUGCAGCCCAGGCUUCUUUUGAAGACUAUGUUGUUAACAUAUCGAAACAAACAGAGGUGCUUGGAGAAUUGUCCUUUUUCUCCAGUGGCAUAGACAUUCCUGAGAUCAACGAGGAACAGAGUAAAGUGUAUAAUAACGCCUUGAUAGACUGGCAUCAUCCAGAAAAGGACAAAGCCGACAGCUAUGUUCUGGAAUACCGCAAGAUUAAUAGAGAUGAAGAAAUGAUAUCAUGGAAUGAGAUAGAAGUUCAUGGCACAAGUAAAGUUGUCUCCAACCUUGAAAGCAACAGUCCCUAUGCAUUCCGAGUGAGAGCUUACAGGGGUUCUAUCUGCAGUCCCUGCAGCAGAGAACUGAUCCUACAUACGCCUCCAGCUCCAGUUUUCAGUUUCCUGUUCGAUGAAAAGUGUGGCUACAAUACCGAGCACCUCUUGCUGAACCUGAAGAGAGACCGGGUGGAGAGCAGAGCUGGAUUUAACGUCCUCCUGGCUGCAGAGCGCAUCCAAGUGGGCCAUUACACAAGCUUAGACUACAUCAUCGGGGAUGUGGGCAUCACGAAAGGUAAACACUUCUGGGCCUGCCGCGUGGAACCGUAUUCAUACCUGGUGAAAGUGGGAGUUGCUUCCAGUGACAAACUGCAAGAGUGGCUGCGUUCUCCCCGAGAUGCAGCUAGUCCAAGAUAUGAACAAGACAGUGGGCAUGACAGCGGAAGUGAGGACGCCUGUUUUGAUUCUUCACAGCCGUUUACAUUAGUUACUAUAGGCAUGAAGAAAUUUUUUAUACCCAAGUCACCUACUUCCUCUAAUGAACCAGAAAACAGAGUUCUCCCCAUGCCAACAAGUAUAGGGAUUUUCCUUGACUGUGAUAAAGGCAAAGUGAGCUUCUAUGAUAUGGACCACAUGAAAUGCCUGUAUGAGCGCCAUGUAGACUGUUCGCAUACAAUGUAUCCGGCGUUUGCAUUGAUGGGCAGCGGAGGAAUUCAGCUUGAAGAAACCAUCACAGCGAAGUAUCUGGAAUAUGAAGAGGAUGUGUAGCUUGGACACCCCAUGUGACUGAUGAGGAUAAGGACAUGAACAAAGCCAUGCCUUGAUUUUAAUCUUCGUAACUAAUUACAUAUCAUUUACGUCUCUGUCACCACACCUGUUUGUACUGUGCAAUUCUUUGUUUUGUCUUGUCCUGCUGUGACACACAGGGUCUUGCUGUGUAGUCCAGG